UUAAAGGGGUGUGUGUCCGCACUUGCAACUAGCUAGCUAGGCAUCUAGCUAUAAUUAUAGCGAGGUGCAAAGCUGUGAUACUAAGGCUCUAAAUAGUGAGAAAAUAUAAGGCAUCAAAAGAAAUCUGUCAAACGCUCAUCUUAUCAACUGGAGAAUGGCCAUGGCCCAAGCUGCAAGUGGAAAGAGACGCUCUUUCUACGCAGACCUGGACCGUCUUAGAUCUCACUUUGAUUCACUAGAUCAGGACAGGACAGGCUACAUAGGCUACAGUGAGCUACAGCAGUUGGUGCAGAAAAUGUCUGGCAUUGAAGAAGCAGUUCUGCCAGAGCUAAUGGAGAAACUGGACCGUGACAAAGACGGCAAGGUCAGCUUCGAUGACUUCCAAGCUCUGUUUGAAGUCGAGCAUGAAUCAAUGAAAAAGAGGAUAAAGAUCACAGCCUCUGAGAUCACAGCCUCUGACAGUCCGAAUGUGAAGCAUGAUGUAGUCAGUCCUACCAGUCCCCCCUCCUCCACCACGAGGCGUCGUCUCCCUGAGAUACCACUACCAGACACUGUGGUCUUGCGUUCAAAACCAGGGAGGAGCAACAGAGACUUUGGCUAUUUCAGCCCAAUUGGAACCGGUCGACCACCCUCCAUUGACUUUGCAGUAGAACAAGGACCUGGACAGAUGCAGUACCUGCUGACUGGGUUUGACACUACAGAUGCAGCUGCUAGCCCUCAACUGAAGAGAAACUCUAAAGUUCUCUCUUUCUUCAACGACUCUGAAGAUGUGCUGGAGGGCAUAGGAGAUGGGGCUCGUCCUGACAACACAAGUGAAAUUCCCUCUCCGCCAACGUCCCCGACUUGUAGCCAUGACGAGGUAGCCCAUGUCGAGAGUUUGCUGGAGUCUGUCAUCAACACACGGGAAAUUGAUGAAGCUGCCGUUGCCAAACUCUGUGCUCACCUGAAAGCUGACAGUCAAGAACAAGAGGAGCUGAUUUCUUUACUACAUUUCCUGGACAAGAAAAACGCUGGGUGUGUUACAGUGGAGGAGUUUGCUCGUGGGCUGCAAUCAUGUAAAAACUCCGCUCAAGUAGCGUCCUCUACUCCAUUCAAAUCUCCUGAACCAAUACCAACCACACUGCAUCGCAGACACACCAUCAGUACUACAUCCGUACCAAGACUGAGUGAACCUUUCAGCUCUCCACUUCACACUCCUAUAAGACAUGGUGGCUCCACUCCUCUGUCCUCCACACCACUGCACCAGCCUGCAGUUUACUCGAACAUGAUUCUCUCUGUACUGGACCCGGAUAAGUCAGGGUAUGUGCGGGUGGACAGCCUGGUGGAGCGGAUCCAGGAGCUGGGGGUGGAGUCUGAGCACAACUCUAGUCUAGAGGAAGCAUUGGCUGAGGCUGUGAUGGUGGAUCAAAGCGGUCGGGUCAGUGUGAAUGAGUUCACCACAUCUCUAGAAGGAGCUUUACUCACAGAGGGGAAAAGUAACAAUUUUCUCCGCCAGAUAGCCCUCAAGACAUUUCACAGUGAAAUUCAUAGUCUACGGUCUCAAGUGCAGCAGGUCUCCAUGGAGAGGGACACACUCCAACACAGUCUCAAUAGAACAAUGGAAGACAAACAAAAGCUAGUGCUGAUGGGGGAGGAGCAAGUGGACAUGGUUACUAAGAAUACGGAUAAGAAACUCAAGGACCAAGAAGAUGAUCUUUUGCAACGUCUUAAAGAGUCUGAGAAAUCUCGACGUGAGGAGCAGCUGCAGAUAGAGGACAGGUAUACAGCUGUGUUUGAGAAUCUGCAGCAGCAUAUGGAUAAACUCAAAUCAGAGGAAGAAAGGUUGAGAGUUGACCUCAAGCUGGCCCAGGAUGAGAACGACCAGGUCAUCAGAGAGUUAGAUAAUGCUCACAAGGAGCUCUCCAAGAAAGAAAGUAUUAUUUCGAUGCUAACGCGAGACCUUGAGAGUCGCUCGGACUAUGACCUCACUGACGACGAACACCAACACUCAAGGAUGAGCGAGCUGGAGAACGAGUUAACGAUGAGGGUGACCCUCACUAAUGAGCUACAGGAGAAACUAAGGGAGGUACAGGAUCGCUUUGACCUCAUCACUGCCGACAAUGAGAAGAUGAAGCAGAAGUACCUCACAGCCAAACGUGACCUACAGAGACGGAGGAAUAAACACAGCAGAAAAACUUCAACUGAGAGGCCUCUCUCUGGAUUUGGCAAACCUCAGAGGCCAAAACGACCACUAUCAGGAUCUCACUUUGGUCGGUCAAGUCCUAUCAAGCCGCGGAUCUUUGGCUCUCCUCUCGACCUAGCCAUAGGCUCAGAAAAGGACCACCCUGUCUUAUUGGAGGAUAUGGACGAGUCCCCAUCCUCUGACAGUGAGCCCAUCAUCUUCUCCCUGGCCCCGAUAGCAAUGGUGGGGGAAGUAGUCGAGGAGGAGAUCGGACAAGCAGAGGGGGGUCAAGACGAGGGUAGUGAAGAGGAUCCUGUUCCUAGUCAAACACCAACUACUGAGGAAGAAUCACCUGGUGAAGAAGACACUUUCUCAAGAUCAAGUGCUAGCUUGAUGGAGGAGAUACACAAACACGAACAGAAGAGUCUGCUAGAGAACAAAAUCCAGCAGCUGGAGGACGAGCGAUGUACACUGCAGAAACAGUAUCAGCAGCUUGAGCAACAACUCAGAGAAGUAGAAGAGGAGGAUAGAAUGGAGAUUCUACGAGAGUUGGAGAGGACGAAACAAAAGCAAGGAGAGUUGGACAGACUGAUCUCAACUCUGGACAAGCAAAGCAAACAACUCAGCAUGACCAGAAUUGAUAUUGACUCCAGACUGCAAGUGGCCGGGCAAAGUCUGGCCAAUCAGCUUCAAGGUCUCAGAAGUAGUCUUACGGAUAACUCUGGAGCCAGUGCCACUGGUAACCUUGGCGAUCUCAUCAAUGAGCUGGACACUAUUCGAAGCAAGCUCGAAGAAGAACGAAAGAGCCACGAUGUAGACAUAGCCAACCUGAAGACUGAAUUGUCUAAAAAGGAGGAGGAGAGUUACAGUCACAUAGAUCUGUCCCUCAAGCUAGAGGAGGAGAAGGCACAGGCCGAGGCAACGUUGGUCUCACUGCAGUACACACUAGAGAGCGAGAGGAGUGCACACGAAGCAGAAGUGAACAUUCUAAUGCGAAAAUUGGACAAUGCCGAAGAAUCUCUCUCAAAACUGGAAAGAAAAGAACGCGAGAAUAUGAUGCAGUUGAGAGAAGAACUAGAGCAGACCAGAGACGAAAUAGCGCGAUAUCAACUACAAACAGAGAAACUUCAAAAAGAGUUAGCAGAUGCUGAUGAGAAGCUUGGUGCCAUGGAAACCAGCCCACCUCUCUCACCCACAGAGCCGCCCCCUCAAACACAAGAGGAACAAAUGGCGCUAUCAACAGAUGAAAUCGCAGCACUUCUACAACAACUGGCUAAGUCUGAAACUGAAAUUGAUUUAUUACAGUCGUCAAAUGAAGAACAUAUUUCACUAACUACAAAACUAAGAACUGAACUGGAGGAAUGUAGCCAACAAGCUCAGGAGAAGUUAACCGAGCAGUUAGGAUAUUUCCAACAGCAGAUGGCAUCUCUAAGAAAAGACUUUGAAUCUCAACUUGACCAAUCAUCAAAUGCUUUGGAAGCAAGCCACACUCAGGAAAUAGAUCUAAACAACCGCUUGUCACUAACUUUAGAACAAUUAGAAAAUACACAAACAGAAGUACGCGAACUCUCAGCCAAAGAAGCCACUCAUCUUCAGAACAUUCAACUACUGGAGCAGUCUGGAUCAUCACAGCAACAAGAGAUUACACAAUUACAAGCUGCUCUCAGUGAGUAUCGACAACUACGUCAGAUGGAAAGCAUCCAAAAACAGAUCACGCCUGAACUUUCAACACAACCCAAACGCCCCAGUAGUGGAGGAGAAGACGAGACUGACUUCAUCCCGGCCCUUGUAACUUCCGGGAAACUAUCGCAAAGCUCUGAGAAAGAUUCUCACGACCAAAUUAUUGAUGAGAUGAAAGACCAGUUGGAAGAAGUUCAGCUACGGAAAAAGGGAUUGCUCGACCAACUUGCAGAGAAAAAUAAGACCCUCACAGAAUUGCAACAAAAAGCUUUGGAGGAAAGAGAAGCAGUUCAAUCUUCGGCACUAGCUACUACUAACGAGAUUAUUCGAUUCAUUAGCAAUUUCAGCAGCUCCUCCAAGGAUUCAUUGUCAGACUACAAAGAACGAGUAGAAGAAGUCUCCGCAAAGUUGGCCCGUGUGAGGCAACUCCUUCAAGAAAGAGACAGUCAAAACCUGAGCACUCUCGAUGGCAUGAUGUCCGAUCUCAACCACUCUAGAGAAGAAUCUGAUGCUGUCAAACUGGACAUGGAGAACAUGAAACAGAGACUGGUAUCCAAACACGAGGAAGAGAUUCGCAGCUUGAGAGAUGAUCUGGACAAGACGAGAAAGCGUGAGGAGCAAGCCAGAGCGAGGAGUGAGGAGGCCGAGUUGGAGUUGGUUGUCAAGCAGAAGCAAUUUCAGGAGAAGGAAGAUCAGAUUGAGUCACAAGCAAAGACAAUACAAGAGCUAGAGUUGCGGCGUCUUCCUGUUAAUGAGCAUGAGGCAGUGCAGUAUGUAGAGGUGCAGCUGCUGGAGGGUGUGAAUGAAGCUCUGUUGUUGAACACCAACCAGGACAGUAGGGAGACACUCACUAUACAGGGGCAGGUAACCACCAGGCCUGAAGCAGACACUGAGGUAUCUAACCAGGAGCAGAUGGUUCAAGCUCUACAAGAAGCUGAGCAAAAGUUGGAUGCUUUCCGGCAGAUCCAGAAGACAUUGCAACUGCAGCAUCAGCAAGCAAUGCAAGAGAUUGAAACCAAGUACGAGGCAGAGCUGCUGGUGACCAAUGAGGUCAUUGAAGAGCACACGGCUGACCUGAGACAGCUGUACGUGUCAGUAGUGGAGGCAGAGAGGGAGAGGGCAGUACACCUCACACACUCUCAACUAGUGGGGGAACUCGGCAAAGAGAUAGACACACUCAAAUCAGAGCUUUCCACUGAGCAAGCCAUUGUCGGUGAGAUGGAGGCCACUCUGACUAGGAGAACAGCCGAGCACGAGCAAGUGGAGGCGCAGAUACAAACAGAACAUGAUGAAGAGGUUCAGGCACUGCAUCAGCAGAAGCAACAGCUGGUGCGGCAGCUGGAGGACACCAAACUACGAUACACACAGUCCAUCAAGGAGCAGGAUCAACAUACAAACGUGCUUAUUCAAGACCUGUGCAACGCUAAAUCAGAGCUAGAGAAGCAGCUACAGCAGAAGAGUGAAGAGUCACUGCUGGUGUAUCAGAAGGUUGCAGAGCUCACGGAUGAGAAGAGAGUUCUGGUGGACAUUAUCGAGCAUUUGUGUGUAGAAGCUGGCCAACUCAUUGAUAUAGUGUGACAGUCUCAACCGAUUUCAACAUGUAGAUAAUUUUUAUGUACAGCACUUUUUAAAGCUCUCAUUUUUUAAGCUCUCAUUUCUUGUUAGACAAGUCAUAAUUUGUUGCGCAACGUCAGAUGUUAUCAAUGUACUCCCACCAGAGAUCAAUAAAAUUA